AUGGCAAUUCUCUUCAUGGUGGCAAGAACAGGCAUCAUCACCAAACCAAAGUUGUUGCACCUCAGAGGAAAGAGUGAGCUGAGCAAAGAUGCCAGAAGGUUGAAGAAAGGUACGAGGCUUCAGGAGGAAGCUGUGAAGAGAAAGAUGGCGGAGGUGGCGGAGGAGGAGGGACGGUGGGUCCCCCAUCCGAGGACGGGAAUAUUUGUCCCGAAAGGGCAAGAGUGGGUUAUGAAGGACGUGCCUGAAAGUGCAGCCACCUUCACUCUGACUUGCUGGUUCAGAAACGACCAUGAUCUCAACCAUCCCAACUUUUGA